GGGGGGGACAGAGAAGAGGGGGGAUUUGAGCAUGAAGGGCCGGGGUUGCGGAGGGGAUGCAAAGGACGUGGAGUCACAAAAAAUGAGAUGUGACCGAUGGAGGAUGUGAGGACAGGGAGAUAUAAGAUGGGAUUUGGGGACACAAAUAACAGAUGCAAACGACAGGGGGCUGGAAAGACACAGAGGGGACAUGGGUCACAGGGACACCAAAGAUGGGGACUGGGGGGACAAAAAAGGACUGGGGACACGAAGGACAUGGGAAUGAGAGCCUGGGCACAAAAGGCAACACACGAAGUACAGAGGAAGCAGAGGAUGUAGAAAUGUAAAGGAGAGGGAAUGCGAAAGAUGCAGGGGUUACAGAAAUGUGGGGGACAGGGACAGAGUGGGAUAAAAGGUGAAAGAUGGGGAACACAAAGGAUGGAGAACAGGAAAGACCUGGGACACAGAGGUCACGGGAGCUCAAAGGAUGGGGACAGGAGGGGCACAAAGGACGGGUUCCUGGGGCUUCCCAGGAAUGUGAAGCUCCUGAUCGCUCGCCGGAGGAGAACCAGCUGCUACUUCUAUCCCCGCGCCUGGCCCAGCCUGCGGGGCGCAGACUGGUGGGAACGGGUGGUCCUGAAGGAAUUUGGCCCCCAGGACUGGUUGGAUAAGUUCCGCAUGUCCCGGGAGACCUUCUUCUACAUCUGCAACCGCCUGAGGCCGGGGCUGGCCCCACACAGCGCCCACUUCCACCCCACGCUGCCCCUGGAGAAGCGGGUGGCUGUGGCCCUGUGGCAUUUGGCCACCAACGUGGAGUACCAGACUCUCAGCCCGCUCUUCGGGGUCGGGCCUUCCACCGUGCAGACGUGCGUGCGGGAGGUGAGCUACGCCGUGGUUCUGCUGCUGAAACCCCUUUACCUCCGUCUGCCCGACGAGAAGGAGCUGGAGAACAUGGUGCGCAUCUUCCGCACCCGCUGGGGCUUCCCGCACUGCAUCGGCGCCCUGGACAGCCUGCACAUCCCCAUCAACCCCCCGCUGCGCCUGAGUGCCGAUUACUGCAACGGGCAGGGCUGGCACUCCAUCCUCACCCAGGCCACCGUGGAUGGGCUGGGUCAGUUUUGGGAUGUCUCCACUGCUUUUCCCGGCAGCAUGGAGAACAGCGCGGUGCUGGAGAGCUCCAGCCUCUGGGUGCUGGCCAAGGAGGGCCGGCUGUGCCCCAACCCGCCCAAGGACUUCAUGGGCAAGGCUCAGAAGUACGUGCUGCUGGGUGACGCCACCUACCCCUUGCAGGACUGGAUCCUCAAGCCCUACCAGGAGGAUGAGAGCCUCACCCAAAGGCAGCUGCAGUUCAACUACCGCCUCAAGCGGGCGCACAGCGUGAUCGAGAACGCCUUCCUGCGCCUGAAGGCCCGCUGGCAGAUCCUCCUCAAGUGUGAUGACUGCAGCCUGGAACUGCUGCCCACCCUCGUCCUGGCCUGCUGCAUUCUGCACAACGUCUGCGAGGCGCACGACAACCCAUUCAACGAGGAGUGGCUGGAGGGCACCGAGCCCACCGAGCUGCCCAAGCCUUGCCAGCCUGCGCCCGCUGCCAUGGAGGAUGGCCGGGCUGAGCAAGUGCGUGAACUGAUGUGCCAGUACUUUGAGAACUGUGGGGAGGGCUGAUGGCUGUGGAGGGACACACCGUGCUCCUCCUUGGGCCCUGCGGGUCGGUGCCAGCCCUUCAGUUCGUGUUGGUUGUUUGCUUCUCGGUUGCAGGCAGCCCAGGGAUCUCACACCUGGGCUCUCUCUGCUGGGAUUUGAUCAAUGUAGUGAUGUGCUCUGUGCUGUGUGAAUAAAGCAGGGUCAUGGCUUGGCGAGGGG